GUGGGCACCUCACAACACCACAAGGAUGAAAGGUGCGCUAACGUUCACUCUUCUAGGCGUGGCUGCCCUCCUGGCAAUAACGUGGGCCCUGGAACAUGAAGCCCAUUCCUUCAGCAAGACAAGACGUGGCUCAGAGGGCGAGGAGGUUGCGGGGCACACGUCCUCUAAAACCCAUGGCGGCAAGGGCUGGCCUAUCCGGACACCACAACUAAAGGCUGGAGAGAUUAAGUUUCCGAGUUACAAGAAGCGCGGAAUUAAACCCGAGAAGGCUGCGGGGAGGCUCAGAGUAAGGAAGGUUAAGAAGGGAAGCGGCGACAAGUCCAAGAAUGAGGAGAAGCUGAAGGACAAAAAGAAAGACAAGAAGAAGAAGAAGAAGAAGAAGUGCAAGAAAACCAAGAGCUGCAAGAAGGGCGGCGGAAAGUGCAGGAAGGAGUGCAAGAAGCAGGAGAAGGAGUCCAGUGACGCCGACUGCAAAGACAAAUGCAAAUGUUGUGUCAAGGAAGAGCAACCGUUGCAGUGUUGGACAAAGCCUAAGUGCAAAGCGAGUGAAGGCACGUGUAAGGAGACCUGCCUAGAGGAUGAAAUGGACGUGGGUGAUGACUUCAACUUCUGUCUUCCUGGAGGCCUCUGCAGGUGUUGCGCCCCGCGAGGGUGUGUUCCCAGUGACCCUUGUACAAAACUGAACGGCGUCUGCAGCGACUCGUGUCCUGAAGGGAACCUUGCUGUUCCGGGCGUGUGUGUCGGGGCGACCUGUGACUGCUGCGUGCCUAAGGAAUGUGUUCCUAGUGACCCUUGUACAAAACUGAACGGCGUGUGCAGCGACUCGUGUCCUGAAGGGAACCUUGCUGUUCCGGGCGUGUGUGUCGGCGCGACCUGUGACUGCUGUGUGCCUGAAGUCCCUGAGGUGUGUGUUACCAACGCCAUGUGUACACAAAUGAACGGUGUGUGCAGCGACACGUGUCCUGAAGGCAACCUUGCUGUUUCGGGCCUCUGUGACGGAGCAGGCUGUAGCUGCUGCAUGACUCAAGUCCCUGAGGGGUGUGUUCCCAAUGGCCAGUGUACACAAAUGAACGGGGAGUGCGCCGACUCGUGUCCUGCAGGGACUCGUGUUAUUCCUGGUCUCUGUGACGGGGCGGACUGUGACUGUUGCGUACCUGACGUACCUGAGGGGUGUGUUCCCAAUGGCCAGUGUACACAAAUGAACGGGGAGUGCGCCGACUCGUGUCCUGCAGGGACUCGUGUUAUUCCUGGUCUCUGUGACGGGGCGGACUGUGACUGUUGCGUACCUGACGUACCUGAGGGGUGUGUUCCCAAUGGCCAGUGUACACAAAUGAACGGGGAGUGCGCCGACUCGUGUCCUGCAGGGACUCGUGUUAUUCCUGGUCUCUGUGACGGGGCGGACUGUGACUGUUGCGUACCUGACGUACCUGAGGGGUGUGUUCCCAAUGGCCAGUGUACACAAAUGAACGGGGAGUGCGCCGACUCGUGUCCUGCAGGGACUCGUGUUAUUCCUGGUCUCUGUGACGGGGCGGACUGUGACUGUUGCGUACCUGACGUCCCUGAGGGGUGUGUUCCCAAUGGCCAGUGUACACAAAUGAACGGGGAGUGCGCCGACUCGUGUCCUGCAGGGACUCGUGUUAUUCCUGGUCUCUGUGACGGGGCGGACUGUGACUGUUGCGUGCCUGACGUCCCUGAGGAGUGUGUUCCCAAUGUCCAGUGUACACAAAUGAACGGCGAGUGUAGCGACACGUGUCCUGAAGGAAAUCGUGUUGUUCCGGGCCUGUGUGCCGGGGCGGACUGUAACUGCUGCAUCCCUGACACCCCUGAGGAGUGUGUUCCCAACGCCCUGUGUACACAAAUGAAUGGCGUGUGUACCGAAACGUGUCCUGAAGGAACCAUUGAUGUUCCUGACAUAUGCCAGGGCGCGAACUGUGACUGCUGCGUACCUGAAGUCCUUGAAGAGUGUGUUGCCAGUGACCAGUGUACAGGAAUGAACGGAGUGUGCGGUGACACGUGUGCUGCAGGGGAUAGUGUUGUUCCGGGCCUGUGCACCGGAGAGGCCUGUGACUGCUGCAUACCUGAUGAUGGUAACAAUGGAAAUGGUGGUGACGGUAACGAUGGAAAUGGUGGUGACGGUAACGAUGGAAAUGGUGGUGACGGUAACGAUGGAAAUAAUGGUAACAAUGGAAAUGGUGGUGACGGUAACGAUGGAAAUGGUGGUGACGGUAACGAUGGAAAUAAUGGUAACAAUGGAAAUGAUGGUGACGGUAACAAUGGAAAUGGUGGUGACGGUAACGAUGGAAAUAAUGGUAACAAUGGAAAUGGUGGUGACGGUAACGAUGGAAAUGGUGGUGACGGUAACGAUGGAAAUAAUGGUAACAAUGGAAAUGAUGGUGACGGUAACAAUGGAAAUGGUGGUGACGGUAACGAUGGAAAUAAUGGUAACAAUGGAAAUGGUGGUGACGGUAACGAUGGAAAUGGUGGUGACGGUAACAAUGGAGGUGGUAACGGUAACAAUGGAGGUGGUAACAAUAACAAUGGAGGUGGUGGUGGACGUUGAGAGUCCCAAGUUCGAAUCCCACUUCAAGAACAACGAAAGAUGUCCUGAUAAUGCUUCCAAAUAUGUAUUUCUGGUAAUAACCUUCACAACGGUAUCUCUCUAAACCUCACCUUUUAAAAACACAAGACUUUGUUAACAACCUUUAUAAUGUACUCUCCUCUAAGCCUCACCUUCUCUUCAGAACUAAAAAAGUGGUCUCAACAAAGCUCACAAUUUUUUUUUCUGUUAAUCAUCUCCACAACCUUCACAGUAUUAGUUCUGUUUUUGUUUCCAUGUCAGAUCAUCUCUUCUAAGCCUUGCCUUCUUUUCCUCAGCGGCAGGAAGCGGUGGGCACCGCUAACCGAAAAGUUAGCUUCGCUAACUGGUAAUCCAUUAACCAAAAAGUUAGCUUCGCUUACGCUAAUCCGCUAAACUGAUAAAGAAAUUAGUGAAAGCUAACGCUAACCGCUAACUUUUUAUAUGGAUUUAGCUUCUGUUUAAUAUUUUGAUUCUAAAACCCUUAAAAGCAGACCUAGUGACCUGAAAUUUCAAUAUGUUGUAACUUAGACAUAAAGCUUUCCAUAAAGGUAUAGCAUGCCAAAAUCAGAUGAUGAUAAAGGUGUAUACAAAUAAACAAAACAAACAAACAAGUAACAACAAGAAGAAAAGAGAAAGAAACCUCCAGGUUAUUGUAAAUCCGUAUAUUUUACCCAAGAUUUCCUGCAAAUUUACACUUUUUUUUUUUACUUUUUAUUCCAUAACUGACACUUAUUUUUAUCAUAGUUUCAUCAUAGUUUUAGCUAAGCUUCUGUCAAAGUUUUUAAUUAUUUUUGUUGCGUUAUUUUUUUCUACUCAUUAUCAUCUCCAAGCUGUCUUUUCCAUUGAUGCACAAGAGUUUACCAGUGUCCUCAUUUUUCCACCUCUUUCAGUGAUAAGUCCUGGAACAGCCUUUUUCAUUUUUUAUUUCU